AUGCAAGACAGUUUUAGAAUGGAGAGGCUUUUGGAAAUUAGUCAGAGUGUCGUUCGUGAUUUGGAUAAGUACGGCAUUUGCGUUGUAGACAAUUUCAUGGGCAAAGAGCGAGCCGAGACGAUCCAUCGCUCGGUCGUCUCCAUGUACGACACGGGCGUUUUCGUCGAAGGCGAAACGGUGGGCCUCAAAUCGAGUAAACUGGGCACGGCUAAGAAUGUACGAAGCGAUAAAAUCACUUGGGUCGAUGGAUCGGAAAACAAUUGCGCCACCAUUGCCCACCUGAUUGCAACAGUGGACACGAUUAUUAUGAAUUUCAUUCGAAUAAACAGAUUGACACAAUCGGGCCAUCAGACGCCAAUCGGUGGUAGGACCAAGGCGAUGGUGUCCUGUUAUCCGGGCAAUGGCUCACACUACGUCAAACAUGUAGACAAUCCAAACCGCGAUGGCCGAUGCAUCACAGCCACCUAUUACGUCAACAAGGACUGGGAUGCAAAGGAAACUGGCGGAUUGUUGCGAAUGUUUCCGCAAGCGUGGCCGACCAAAGUGGUGGAUAUCGAGCCCAUCCUCGAUCGGAUGGUUUUCUUUUGGUCCGAUCGUCGCAAUCCUCACGAAGUUCAGCCCUCCUUCCGCACUCGCUACGCCAUUACCAUUUGGUAUUUCGACGCUAAAGAGAGGGAAGAAGCGAAAGAACGCAAUAAUAUCAAAACUAAUGUGGCCGUCGAAAGUCAUUGAUUUUUCUUUUCAUCACACAAGUCUUUUUCUCCUCAAAAGUCAUUUCUCUGUGUGCCAUUUUCCUAAGCCGCAGUUUACGUUUACAUCAUUUUUCAUUAUCUAUUAGAAAUCGUGGACAUUGUUUUUAUUCGCUAUUUCUUGUAAUUGUAAUUUUUUUUUGUACAUUAUUAGCAAAGGCGAUGCUCGUUUUUCAAACUAAUUCGGCGUGAAAAUUUCGUUAAGAAAAAAUACAAUUGGGCAAUAAAUUGAA